ACUGCACUGCCGCCCACCGCACCGACGUCUUGUUGUAUCCGGGCCGCGACAGUGCUCAUGUGUAAUGCUCGAUAUUGUGGUAAAUUUGAUGAUGCACCGAUGAUCCAGGGUAUUAAUACCGAGAUGACGAUGGCUGCCGCUGGAGUUGCAAAGUCAGGAUUGUUAGAGGUUCUUGUUCGUGAUCAGUGGUGUCGAAUCCUUGCCGCACUCGACGAGGAAACCUUGACGAUCAGUCUCGAGGAUGGGCAUGACAUCAACGGCGUAAGCAAUGGGAAUAACAACGACGGUGGAAACAAGCCGAACCCGUCUUCAACGACUCCGGGAGGCAACAACUCCAAUCGGAACAACGACUCCAUCCGCUAUUCGGAUUACAUGCAUAAUCUGCAAGGAAGUGAUACCAUUCCGGACUCCAUCGCAAACCAGAAGAGAAUCAUUAGGGUUGUCAAGCAAGAAGUUGGAGGACUGGGGAUAAGCAUAAAAGGAGGGAAGGAGAACAAGAUGCCCAUCAUUAUCAGUAAGAUCUUCAAGGGACUUGCUGCUGAUCAGACAGAAUCUUUGUAUGUUGGUGAUGCGAUCCUGUCAGUCAACGGAGAAGACCUACGAGAUGCUACUCAUGAUGAAGCUGUCAGAUUGCUCAAGAGAUCAGGCAAAGAAGUCACGCUUGAAGGUAAUAACCACUUCCCUUUUUUCACUAGUGACUAG